AUGUUUUAUCAAUACUUUCUAAUAAAGAAUAAUCCUUCCCUUUCUCGUCUGAGUGCAUUAAAAACCACAGAACGGACUUGUGAUGUUCUAUAAACCACGGCUCAUACAAAUAAAUCUAGCAAGUAUAUACAUGAAAAAUUUAACACUGAACAUUCAACUAAUGAAGGCUAUUUAAUCAAAAAAUCCAAUCCCUUCUCAAAACAAAAAAAAUCCAAAAUCAAUAUUCUUAUUAACAACAUCAAAAAUACUUACAAAUCUGAAAUCGAAAAGAUUAAAGAGGAAUCCAGAAUCCGACAAACCAAUCCAUAGAUUCAUAUGUACUACGUUUUCAAUCUAUAUUUAAAGUUAAGACAUGCUACUUCGAAACAGAGAUGACAUAGCCGUAUUAAUUGAUAGAUUACGAAGGAUUCUUCUGAAUAAAUCUAAACGAUCCUUUUGCAUUGAGAUUAUUUAGGAAAUCAAUAAUCAAAUCUCCAAAAUUCGCAAUCUUGGUAUUUUUACACACUCUAUUCAAUAGAUGUCAAGAUCUUAGUGAGUUUGACUCUCUCUAAAAUUGCCAAAUAUUACAAUCUUUUGCAUUAUUCCAUUCUGCUUGCCAAAAAUGCCAAAAGAUUCUCGGACUCAGAACCUAUGCUCAAGUAUAAAAUUAAGGCUUAUGAAAUCUUGUCCUUGUGUUUCCUUAAAUUGAGACUCAAACAAGCUAAGACCUAUAUAACCAAAUAUUUAAUGUGUAGUUGGAAAUUAGAUAAACCAAACGAAGAACUUAAAGGAUAUGAUCAAAUGGGAAAGUACUAUUAUUAUGAAGGAAAUAUUGAAAUGGCUUAAUUCUUCCAUAAUAAAAUGAUCAAUGGAGAUACCUUGGUAAUAUUGUUAAAUCUAUAUUAGAAACCUAACUCAUCAUUAAAGAGAUUGGCAGUGGCUAAAUUUGAAUAGGGUUCAGUCGGAAAAAGCAAGAAAGAGAAACAAUCUGUCAGUACUGAAGAAGCAGAUUUUAAUAUAUCUUCAGAUGAUGAACCAUUUGAAGUAAUCUUUGCUCAAGAUCAUGAUGAGGGAUUGUAAAAAGCAAAACACAAUUUUGAACUUAUGAGAAACGAUCAAAAGAAAAAACCCUCCCUUCUACAAUAUUAAAUAAGAAAGUAACCAUAAUUUGAUAAAACUAACUUAAAGCGAGCCUUACAAGAAUCAAAAAACGCUAAUUCAUUCAUAAGGUACAAAUGCUAUUUAUUACAGGAUUCCAAAAACCUAGUAAACUUAGUCAUUAUUGACUGAAAGAGGAACUUUGGAUCUCAGUAAAAUAAAAGGACUCUCUCAUGCUCAUAUACAACUUGGAGAACUCAAGAAUCCUGUCUUGCUAAAUCAUCUUAGCCCAAAUAGAUGCUUAGUCAAUUAUUAGCACAUCGAAUUGAAUAAAGCCCCUCAAUCAUACAAGAAUGCGGAGGAUAUUGAACCUUUGUUUGAUGUCGGUGACAUAUAAAAGAUGUCGAAGAAUCUUAACAAGUUGAUUGCAAUUUUGACAGGAGUGGAGGAGUGGCUCCAAGCGUAAAGUGAAUUAUACUGA